AUGAAAAAGACAAUUUUAUUAAUAUGGAUAUCUUUCCUUGCUCAGUGGACUGUCGGGACCGCUGAAGAUAUAGUCAUUCGUUCUAAUCUCUAUCUCACUUUGAUGCAUUUCCCGUUCAAAGGAAAUCUUCCACUUCCACCGGAUAAACUUCAAGAACCGGAGCUCGUUUCUCUGCUGGGCUUGAAACUGGCCCUGGAACAACAACAGAAUGAACUGUCACAGUUUAUGCUGGCCGCUGCUCGUACAACUCGCGGUCCCGGGGCACAGUCCAGUCAACGCGCAGAGCACACCUUUCAACCAGAAGUGCGUAUCUACACCCAGAUGGACGGGGAUCGGUGGUCUGUGAUUUGUGAAGUUGAAUCAAUGCAACUGGCUCACAAUGUUCACUUGGUUUGUCCACUGAUGCAACCGCGUUGUUUUGAAAAUUGUAAACGUAUUUGUGAACCGACCGGGUGCGUACAAGAAGCCAGUCUGGCCGGUGUUUCAUGCACCGCAAGACAGACAGAGCCAACUUCUUCCGGUGGAUUUGUUAGACGAUUUGAGUAUCAGUUGGACCAGUACGACCAAAAUAUCACCGGGAGCUGGUUUUGUUUUUUUGCCGGAUCGGAAAGCGAGAGGAUUCAUUUGGUUGCAGAGCGACCAACAACAAUCAGUACAACAACAACCACAACAACCACGACUACCACCACCACCCCAACAACUCCCACUCCCACAUCUACAGAUGAAUCUACCACCAUGGCUAUUAGCACACCAGAAACAGCCGCAACAUUGUCUGUGAUAAAAUCGAUCAGCUACAGAAUGGCGGCAUCUAAUGCACCUGAUACAAUCCAUGGGAAUUUCGGUCCUGUUGACGUCCAUCGGUCAGGUUCAAACACGCCAUUGGUGCCUGGCUCGGGGGAAAACAAAUCCAAACCAUUAACAAAAGACGAUGCUUGGUCAACGGCGAGAUCAAUGGUAAAUGGUACCGACAAAGGCGACCGAUUGCUAGAUGGAAAAGCGAGCCAAUCUAGUGGACGUGCUUAUUCUUUCCUCACCUUUGUCUCUACCAACGUGCAUGUUGUCCUCGGAUUCAUGGCUUUGUUGGCUCUUUCUCUGCUCACAAAUCUGGUGUUCUGUCUACAAUUCCUUCGGAUCACUCGAAGAAGAGCGAAAACGGAAGUGGCCCAAUCCCCAUACCAUUCCCCCUCGCCCCGGACACAUGGUCUAAACAAUUCCGCGAACGGCUCAUUCAAAAUGAUCCGAACACGGGACCCGGGAUUUGCCGCCGCCACAUGUCGACCGGUCUCUUGGAUCAGUCCGAUUGCAAACAACAGCACCAACCCCGGCGGCGGAUUAGGUCAGCGCAAAUCAUCCGGCUGUUCCGUCACCAAUUCCAAAUCGUGUCAUUUUGCCUCGUUGUCUGUUCAGUUGGGCGGUGAGACUACACUGGUCAACCCGGUGACCAGUCAACAACAGUACAUCCCCAAUGCACCGUUACGUUACUGGGCUGCCUCGCCCAUGACAAACAGUGUCUAUCCCGGAUUGGCUGACACGAACGAGCCACCGAGAGACGUCACACUCCCUCUGGAAUCGUCAAAUAAUUUGUGGACAAAUCCGAACACCGCCAUGCGGUCAUCUUGCAGUUUCUCUUCAAAUGGAUGCUCCACAGACGAUCCGUCCGGCGUGAUGCAUCGUUCCGUAACCCUGCCAUUUUCCACCGAACCCGAAUGCUCAUUUAUGCCCCUGCCUGUCUACAUGCCGUCCACAAAUUCCCGCACAGCUAGUCAGACGUCUGUUGGAGUGCGUCUGUUGCCAUCUUACGGUUUACCUCAUUGGUUCACGCCACCUCAACGAUGCUCAUCCAAAGUACGUUUGUUACCCAAGGCGAGCAAAGAAGCGGAAGAUGGUGCUCGAAUAAAACUGCCUCUAUUCGGCAACGGUGGAGUCAACAGUCCAUCUAAUGUGGACACUCUGUUUCUCGAACACAAUACACUGGUCAGAAAUGUCCGACCACUGUGUAGUGUCUUGCAAAACCCGACAUCGAAUCCAACCGUGGUUGGAUCAGCUGCCACAUCGACCGGAACAACGGGUGUUCUGGACGCGACACAAGUUGCCGAGUUCAAAAGUCAUGGCUGCCGACCCAUACGGCUAGACGAGAAGAAUCACUUCACACAAUGCGACAACCGGAAAUCGACCAAUUUUCAUUGCGUUCCGACCGCGACACAAGUGGCUGGAAUUUGA